UCGAUUAAACGCAGGUGCUGGUGUUGGACAAACGGUUUUUCCGUCUAGUUCACGUUGUUCCUCACUUGUUUCAUGAUCACCAGAGUAAUAAUAAGUCUCAGGAGUUGUGACAAAUGCCGAUAAUCAUCGGAAAGAGCCUCCAGUAAAAGUUUCGACAGUUGCUUCCAGCUCUACAGAAUAUCGAGAACGUGAUAUUCAGAGAAAAAAGUGUUUUUUUUUAUGUAAUUAGUUCGUGAGAACUCUUGUGAUUUACUCUUUCAUGUGUUUGGGGAUAUAGCAUCGGCUUUAUGACAUCCGGAAAGGAAACUAUGGGUGAACAGCCAAUUUUCACAUGCAAAGCGCAUGUCUUUCACAUCGACCCCAAGACCAAACGGUCAUGGGUAUCAGCAUCAACUGCUGCUGUUUCUGUAUCGUUUUUCUAUGACUCGACGAGGAGCUUGUACAGGAUUAUUUCGGUGGAGGGAACCAAGGCGGUUAUCAAUAGCACUAUUACCCCCAACAUGACAUUCACCAAAACAUCGCAGAAAUUUGGACAGUGGUCUGAUGUCAGAGCCAAUACUGUUUAUGGGCUAGGGUUCUCCUCAGAGGCUGAAUUGGGAAAGUUCAUCGAAAAAUUUCACGAGGUGAAAGAGGCGACAAAAAUAGCUGGUGCCAAGCUCCAAUCAAACAGUUCAUCAGUGACCCCAUCGACAAGUGCAAAUGUCAGUCCCAUAACCCAACGCUCCUGCAUGCCAUCGUCUGAGCAAGAUCUCAUUGAUCCACCCAAUUCAUCCAUGAUAAACUCAAAUCUGUCAGCCUCGAAUAAUCCCAAUCCCAAUGCCAACAUGAUAUCCGCACAAAACAGUGUGUCCUCGGUCAGCAGCAGUCCACUGCCAGGCACAUGUCAGAACAAAGUCGAUGAGGAGUUGAAGAACGCUGUACAUGCCAGGUCGCAGAUUAUCAAUCAGCAGCAGAACACGGAGAGCCCACAGCAUCAGGGGAAACAGGGACAAAUGGGAUCCAAUCAGGGACAGAGUAUGGAGAUGCAGCUCAAGUAUGAAAAUGAUAGGCUAAAGCUUGCAUUGGCACAAAGCUCCGCCAAUGCCAAAAAAUGGGAGGUGGAGCUUUCGACCCUAAAAAUGAACAACGCAAGACUGACAAGUGCCCUCCAGGAAUCAACAGCUAAUGUAGAUGAAUGGAAGCGGCAGUUGCAGCUGUACAAAGAGGAAAAUAUGCGUAUAAAAGCGAAGUACGCUGAUUUGGAGUCUGGAAAAGUGGCUGAAGGUAACAGUGAGGCCCUCAAACUACGUGUGGAGGCAUUGGAGAAUGAGUUGAGGACAAGAAACGAGGAGUUGAAAGCCAUGAACAUGGCCACCAAGAACAAAGACUUCGUGGCCCUACAAAAAGAGAACGACGAACUCCGUGAGAUGCUGGGUGUUGUCCACGAGCAGCUUGAGCUUGCAUUGAGUGCAAACAGAGUGCAGAAACAAAAUUUGGAUACAUUGAACUCACGAUUAGCUGGUUAUAUUCAAGAUUUGGCGACAGUGCAUCGAGAAAUAACCAACACACUUCAAACUUAAGUAAACAUUCUUUUUUUAUUUGAAAAGAAUUUAAGAGAAUUAUUGUGACGCAGGACGUGACGACCUGAUCAUGAAGUAAUGAAGAUGCAGGAUAUGAUUUUAAAACAGUGAAUAAAAUGCAAGAGGUGAAACACCACAUAGAGGAGGAUGAGAAACGAAGGGCCAUGUUCCAAAAAAAUACAUAUCUUAGUAAACUCCUUCCAGAAGAAUUUCCACUGUGCCACUCUACGAGGAUUAACUUUAGUACAGAAUGUGCCAGAUUAUUUUUUCUUUUUUAUUUUGUGAGUUCAUUAGGGAAGUUGUAAAACGCAUAGGAAAAUAGUUGAAUUUUUCCUUGAGAAUUUUUAAUUUAUCUCGAGGAUUAGUGGGUUUAUGGGAUAAUGUGGAAGGAUCUCCUUUUGUAGAUGGGAAAUUUCAAAAAAAAAUUCUAGCGAGAUAAUUUACUGUCUAGUAUUGAAAAUAUCUCGAGAAUUACUACAAUUUGAGUUUUUAUCCAUCGAAAUAUCGCGAAAACAAGUGGUUUCCUGAGAGUAUGUCACAAAAUAUUUUUUGUGGGGAAAAAAAUUCUUUACAGAAAGUUUAUUAUGACAUUUGCCUGUAGGAUCACUGAUUAUCAAAAUAAUUGAAAAUUUAGCACAGUGACUAACGUAUGUAAUCCAGUUUUUACGUUUGACUGUUUCAUUAUUGAUUUUUUUACGCUUUAAUGCUUGCAAAGGCAGAUUCUAAUAGCAUUUUCCAGAGCAGUCAUUAACAACGAUUCUUUACACAUCGUUGUUGAGCACAAUCCGCCAUAAUUGUAUAAAAGGCUUUGAAAUCAGAGGGUGACCUAGAGAUUGAAUUUUUUUUUAACACGAAAUCAGUUUCGCAUCAGUGGCUAGAUAUUAUUAAACGUAACUAUUAUUAAUAUAAUUUUUUUUACAAAUGAGACUGAUCGUUCUUUAGAGUAUUUUGCGUUUCUAUUGACACGAAUUUUCGUCGCUUAAAUGAACAAUGAGAGCUUCAAUAUGUGGAGGAGUUGAGGAAAACAGAUCAAAGGAGAUAAACAUAUCAGUGUUGUUGAUAUGGAAUAAUGACAAGAUGCUGUAGUUUUUUUUUGGAAACUGCCCCUUUGAUAUUUGUAGGAAUAACUAUAAUUGCAAAGUGCACGAAAAACAGUUAGCGAAUAAUUGAAUGAAUUAUUUCAAUUAAAUGACAAAUAACUCACGUAAAAGUUAAUAGGGAAACCUUGCGCAUUUUUCAAAAACUGUAUUAAAGAAUUCUCUUUUUUGCGUCGAUUCUAUUACAAAUUAGUUCAAUCUUCAAUGAAAUUGACGCAUAAAGUUAUUUAAUUGUUAACAGAAAGUGAUGGAUUUUUUAAUAAAAAUCCUCUCGUACGAGUUCACACAAAUUAUUUCAAUUUUGUGGUAUUUUCAGAGGGAAGUUGAACUCCUUGUGGCAAUGUUGCCUUGUAAUUAACAAUUUUGGGAACCACAAUUUGCUUAAAUUUACAAUUUCUCUAUUACGAAACCUUGACCCCAGGACAUUUUCUAUUCCAAAUGUUCAAAAAAAUUUCGAUGCGCAAGUUGGGAAAUGAAAAGAACCAACUUCAUGUAAGUCCGCGUUAAGAAAAGUAAUCAAUUGAGACAUCGUUUUGCGCAAGGAAGUUGUUAAUAAUUUUGUAUCUUUUAAUUUUUUGAUGAAUUUUCAAAAUGCCUGCAGUACGUCCAUUUUUUCAACCAAAUAAUUCAAUAACAAUUUUGCCAACAAUGUUCGCACAACUCCAGUUGAUCAACAAUUACCAUUGUCAAUUUACAGAAUUAUUUGUUGAUAUUUUAGUUUUAAUUACCAAUAUUUUGGUACAAUUAAUGAAAUAUUUUCCCUCGACUUACGAUAUUGCAUUGUCAGUGGAUGUUGAAAGAAUAACUGAAGUGUUAAUGUAAUGAAAAUCAGGGAAAACUAUAAAUCUGAGCUUCGCUUCCUCAAAACUUAGCCAAUGACACUCUCGUUUUACAAUUAUCACUGUUAUCAAGAAAAAUUUUUAAAAAUGAAAAAAAGUGAAAAAAAAUAUUAAGAAAGACUCAACGAAGUUGUUGAUGGAGUUUAUACAGUAGUCAUCUAGUCCUCGUCGUAUACGUGAGUCUAUGCACAAAAGAGAUGUGAAAAAUAAAAAUCAUGAGUGACAAUUACCUAAUUAAUGACUUGAGGAUACGUGAAGAGCGAACGCGCAAGUGCAGUUAAUCUCCAAAUAACUACUAUCAAAUCAUACUAGGACUUUGUUGUAAAUUUUAAUGAUACAUUUUUGGCAUUUACAAUAGUUGAGAGUUCAAAUGGGGGGAGGGAGGGAUAAUUAUUUUAACAAAUGCACGAUCAUUGUAAACACCGAUCGGUCCUAUUGGGAUACACUGAGGGGAAAAAAUACACGUGUUCAAUUGAGGAAACGAAUUAACAUGCGAUAAGUAAAUCAUUUUGAGGGGUGAGGGAGGGGGGGUCAGUUUUCUGAUGUAUUUUCUAGGAAUAAAUUCAUCAAAAACAUCGAAUAACAUUGUCCUCCUGACAAAUGUAUCGUUUUCCCUCGGUGCCAUUAACGAACGAGAUAAUGUAUAUUUAAAUUGGUUCAAUUAACCUUAAUGAAAUUAAUCAACCCAUCGAUUUAUUUAAUGCAAAACAAGUAUGCUCAUCGUAAGACAAUAUUUUUCAAUUAAUUUUUUUAAAACUAUUCUUCCAGGAUUUUAACUUUGUACUCUUGUAUUGUAUUUAUCAGCAGCUAAUAAUCGUCGUAUUAAUGAUUUUAAAGUAAUCAGUGUUAUGAAUCUCAGUGGCAUUUUAUUUGUAUUAGGAAUGAUAUUAAUUUUCUCUCGGCUGUUUUUUUUCGUUGUUGAAUUGUGAGGAUUAGCGGUGAUUAAUUGAUCUCGAGGGGAUUUGGAAGUGGAAAAAAUUUACAGACAGGGGGAGGGUAAACUGGAACUUAUUACUACUAUUUUUCAAAUGUAAAUUCCUAAACUGAAGCUUUUGUUUGAUUAUUAUUAAUGGGAAAAAAUCUUGUGCUCUUAAAUUGAGAGAUGGAUAAGUAAUUACCGAUAAAAUCUAAUCGGAAUAGAUAAUCAACAGAACAAAUUGUACAGAACCAUUAAUUGCAUUCGAUUGUUCUAUCGUCGUUAUUCAAUUAAAGAAUGUUCUGUGGAGAAAGACACACAUUAAAUUCUAUAUAAUCAACAAAAUUUAAUAGAAUAUUAACUAAACAUUCGAUACAAUUUUUGUUGCAUUUUAGUAUUUUUUUCCACUCCCAAUACCUCUCACUGAUAUUGAUCUGAUAAAAAAUGAGAAAAGUAGGGGAAAAAAUGGGAAUACCAAAUAUUUAUUCCUUGAUAGGAAGUAAUUAGUCACGUAUUUAAACAUUUUAUAUGAAAGAGAGGGAAGAAAUUAUACUUUACAUGUUUUUAAUCAUCGGAAUGAGUAGAUAAGUUUUUAACAUACAUAAGUGAUAAUUUUUUUAACAAGUGGAGACGAUAAAAAUCAUAUUGAACGAUGUGGAGUGUACACGAGGCAUUACUGAUUGUUCCAUUUGUAAUGCCAGUUAUUUGUCCAAUGAGUUGCCACAGUUUCUAUUGACAUAAUGAUGAAUCUCGUUAGAUCUGAUUAACCAUUUGUUACUGUAUCAUUUGUAAGAAUUCAUGGAAAUGUUCCUCAAUCGGAUGAUCGGUACAAACUAUUAAUGAUGUAUAUACAACACUUUUAUUUAAUUGUCGGGGGGGAGGAACGUGAGGGGUUGGGGAUUUUGGUUGAUCAUCGGGACAACACGAUUUACUUGAGGCGAAGUAAUAAAUGAAGUAAUAACUAUGCAAUUGUUUGUAAAAUUGUGCAUGUUUUUAAGAUGAACCGAGAGAAAAUAACGUGGAUACGUAGUGAUUGAA